CAGCAGCUGUCGGUGGUUAAAGAAGAGGUUCCCCCUGAGCAGCAGGAGUGGAGCUCCAGUGUGGACCAGGAGGACCCAGAGCCUCCACACAUUAAAGGGGAACAGGAGGAACUCUGGAUCAGUCAGGAGGGAGAGCAGCUUCAAGGGCUGGAGGAGGAUGAUAUCACCAAGUUCACAUCCACUCCUGUCCCUGUGAAGAGUGAAGAUGAUGAAGAGAAACCUCAGUCCUCACAGCUUCAUCAAAGACACACUGAACAGAUGGAAACAGAAGCAGAGGGAGAGGACUGUGGAGGAGCAGAACCAGCCAGGAACUCAGAUCCAGAUACACAUUUACAACCAGUGACUGAUGACAAGACGAGAGAGUCCUCUGAACCUGAGAGCUCCAGGACUGAUGACAGUGAUGAUUGGAAAGAGACCAGUGAACCUCAGUCAGGUUUAGAUUCUCUGAAAAAUGAUCAAGUCCCUGUCAGCGAUUGGAUGGUUAGUAAAAAACCAUUUAGCUGCUCUGAAUAUCAUACAGGAGAGAAACCAUUUUGCUGCUCUGAGUGUGGGAAACGAUUUGGCCUCAAUGAAAAUCUGAAUGUCCACAUGAGAGUUCAUUCAGGAGAAAAACCAUUUAGCUGCCCUGAGUGUGAGAAAAGAUUUGGUCAACGUGGAGACCUUAGGGCACAUAUGAGAAUACAUACAGGAGAGAAACCAUUUAUCUGCUCUGAGUGUGGGAAAGGAUUCCGUCGAAGUGAACAUCUGAAGACACACAUCAGAUCUCAUACAGACGUCCAGCAGCUGUCAGUGGUUAAAGAAGAGGUUCCCCCUGAGCAGCAGGAGUGGAGCUCCAGUGUGGACCAGGAGGACCCAGAGCCUCCACAUAUUAAAGGGGAACAGGAGAAACUCUGGAUCAGUCAGGAGGGAGAGCAGCUUCAAGAGCUGGAGGAGGAUGAUAUCACCAAGUUCACAUCCACUCCUGUCCCUGUGAAGAGUGAAGAUGAUGAAGAGAAACCUCAGUCCUCACAGCUUCAUCAAAGACGCACUGAACAGAUGGAAACAGAAGCGGAGGGAGAGGACUGUGGAGGACCAGAACCAGAACCAGCCAGGAACUCAGAUCCAGAAACUCAUUUACAACCAGUGACUGAUGACAGUGAUGAUUGGACGGAGACCAGAGAACCUCAGUCAGGUUUAAAUUCUCUGAAAAAUGAUCAAGUCCCUGUCAGUGACAUGAGAUCUCAUACAGGUGAGAAACCAUUUAGCUGCUCUGAGUGUGGGAAAAGAUUUGGUCAAAAUGUAAAUCUGAAGAAACACAUCAGAUCUCAUACAGGAGAGAAACCAUUUAGCUGCUCUGAGUGUGGGAAAAGAUUUGGUCACAGUGAAACUCUGAAGACACACAUGAGAUCUCAUACAGGAGAGAAACCAUUUAGCUGCUCUGAGUGUGGGAAAAAAUUUGGUAAGAGUGGGGAUCUGAAGAUACACAUGAGAUCUCAUACAGGUGAAAAACCAUUUAGCUGCUCUGAGUGUGGGAAAAGAUUUGGUGUAAGGGGAAGUUUGAAGAAACACAUGAAAUAUCAUACAGAAGAGAAACCAUUUAGCUGCUCUGAGUGUGGCAAAAGAUUUGAUCAAAGUGGAGAUUUGAAGAGACACAUGAGAUGUCAUACAGGAGAAAAACCAUUUUGCUGCUCUGAGUGUGGGAAAGGAUUUCGUCAAAACGCACAUCUAAAGAAACACAUUAGAUCUCACUCAGGAGACAAACCAUUUAACUGCUCUGAGACUGGGUAAAGAUAUGAUCACAGUGGAGAUCUGAAGAGACACAUGAGAUCUCAUACUGGAGAGACUCCAUUGAGCUGCUCAAUUUGUGGAAAAUCAUUUACAAAAACUGAAAAUUUACAUUUAUAUAUGAGAAUUCAUGAUGGAGAAAAGUGAUUCAGCUGUUCAGUUUGAAAAAAAAUAUUUUAUUUGGAUUAAGAUUUCAAAAACACCCAUGAGAACUCAAACAGGACAAAGUCUUUUUAGCUUCAGUGUUCGUAUGAAUUUUUUUUACACAGACUGGAUAAACAGGAGAGACACACUGUAGCUGCAGUGUUUCUCACUUAAGAUUCACUUUGCCUAAACCUUUUUUAACCUGAGACUCAGGACAAGGCUGGCAGACUGUUACUGCCCCAUUAUUAAUGUACUUAUGUAUGUAUGUAAUGUAUGUAAUGUAUAUAUUUACUUACUUACUUACUUACUUACCAAGAUGAGUCUUGUAGAGCCAGGGGGAGUAUUUCCCCUCUGACAGCCAAGCUGAGUCAAAACCUGUUAUCCGGUGGUGACUGGACUUUUGCUGCUUUUCAGGGGCAGGGCAUGCAGCACAUUGGCUCUUUUCUGUACUUGGGGAACUCUCUCCCUUCUUUCCUUCUCUUAUCUUUUGUGCAUCAGCUCUGUGAACAACAACACAAACUAACUGUCCAGUUGAAGGGCAGCUGAAGACCAGCGACUCAUUGUGUUCGGUGAGUUAAAAUUACUGAUUCUGUCAGUGGAGUCUGGUUGCUUUUAGGAGAGCAUCAUGUAACUGCAUCAGUUUUCAGUUGUAAAGGGCUGUCUCACGGCAUGGUUAGGUGUUGAAAAUACUUUUAAUGUAGUGUCCACUUAAACUGAUGUGGAUUUUUUCAGGUGAUCCUUUUUUUAUGUGGCUUGACUAGGUUUUGCUGCUGCCCCCGUCCACAGUCACAGAAACAGUUAUUUUUUUCCUCAUAGCUCCCAUGCCAUUGUUGGUCUCUUUUGUGUCCAUCUGUAUCAUUCUGUGUUCGCUCUUGAAAUUCAGAGGUUUUACAUGUGUACAAAGGCAGUGCAUGUGGAACUCUUUGUGAAUUGUUUUUUUUUCCCCCUCAGUAGCAGUAGUAUGAGUCUUGGGGUGGAUAAUUGAUCAGCUGCUCCGACCAGAAUUGAUCUGAUCAGUGUAUGAGAGGAGCAGCUGCUGCAGAGGCGAGUGAAAGCAAGGGAAGUAAUAAAGCAACUCAGGACAUAAAAUAAGCACAGCAGAAACAUCAGAUAGGACAAAUCACCGAGUUGAACCAUAUAUCUUUAAACGUUUCAGUUACAGCUGAAAAUAACGACAGAAAUAAACAGGUUUGCUGAAUUUACAUAUCUCUGCAAUUCAAACAGUUUGCAGUUUCUACCUGGAAGGUUUAGAUCAAGGUUACGGUGAUUCAGUCUGCGAAGAUGUCAUCAAUAUUCAUGUGAGCAUACGAUGUCAUCUUGUGACUUUUUGGAACUAGUACUAGCUACUUUCAUUGGAAGUACAAGAAAACAAUACUACUGAAUGGAGCAACACUCAGCUCUGAAAAAAGUUAUACUGAUGGAUUGUGUGUUAAAGGUUUGUUUUUAUUUCCUGAAUGUUACACUUAUGGACUAUCUGUGUAAACUUCCCAUCAAGAUGUUUAAGGUUGGAUGUAACCAUUCUGAUGUUAUACUUAUGGAUUCCCUGUGUAAACUGUCUACUAAUAUUUAGUGAUCUGAAUUUUGUGUACUUGUAUACAUGGUCUGUGUGGAUUUUAUAUUCUCUUUUUCCAUCCUUGUAAUAUUUUACUGAGUUAACUCAUGGAUUAGGGUAUACACUGGAAAGUGCCUUGAUUAAGCCCCUCUGGUUUUUUUUGCAUCUCCCCAUCAUGUUUCUGUUGCUCAUGUAUGACUUUUUUGCAUAUGUGAAAACAAAUAAACUAAAC